CCAAAGAAAGCAUAAGAAUGGAGUGGAGAACAGACUUGGUCUGCAAAGAAGAAAGCUUUCGCUUCAGUGAGACCUGUAUUCGUUUGGCACAAGUUUCCGAAAGCAGACUACGAAGCUUGGUCGGAAAGCAACUCGCGGAGUUGGUGUCCAUUUUCGGAACAGACAUAUUCACUCUUAUAUACUUUUCGGUUCUUGAAAUUGCAAAGAAAGCUUUAUCCGAUAACUAUACGGAGCCUGAACCGAAACCAGAAAAAGAAGGUUGCUUACAAAGUAACCUUUCUGUUUUGACUGAAAGUCGUAUCGUGAAUUGCCUCGAAACCAGCCUUGAAGCUAUUGCAGCUAUUCUCAAGAGUCUAGAAGGACCUCCUUCGAACAACGUUUCUUUUCAAAAGGAGCUUUUAAGUUUUCUCCAUCAAUGUUAUGGCCAUUCGAAUCGCUUCGUAAGAGAAGCUUGUCAGCAUGUUAUGCAUCCAACAUUAGAAACAUUCCAAUCAGAGUUGGACAGUGUUGAACCUGAAAUUGUUGACAUAGUUGCCAAGAUAAUAGCAUCUGGAAUGGAAGACAACUGGAGUCAAGUUAGAUUUGCAGCUUCACUCAAUUGCAGGCUAUUUCUACUAUUGUUGAAAAGCAGAAAGUGCCAGUAUUUUUCUAUUCUUCUUCCUCGACUACGAUUGAAUUGCCAUUAUGCUGCAGAAGGAGUAAAAUCAUACAGUUUGGAGUCAUGGAAGCUAAUCUUACAGAAUGAUGGUCUAAAGACACUUUCUGAAUUGGCAGAGUCAUUUUUUGACUAUUAUAUAUCUCAAACUCUUGCAGAAAAUCAUUCCGUUCGAGAGGCAGCCUGUCAUGCUAUGGAGGAGGCAGUGGAAAGACUUCCGUUUGAGGCAUUGGAAAGGCAUAUUAAAGAAGUUAUACAGUCGCUGUUCUUUUGCAUUCAAGAUGAAAGUUGGCCAGUUCGAGAUUGUGCUUCUGUGGUUUGUGGUAGUGUUACUGCAAAAUACCCGAAGCAGGUACAGGAGAGUAUCGAAAUGGAAAAACUUGUUGAACUGUGGAAGAAUGCAUUGACAGACAAUAUUUCGAGCGUACGUGAAAACUCUGCAAUUGCUUUGGUGAAAGCUUGUGAGGCUUUAGACAAUCAUGUUUCACUAAACUAUGAUACGCUAUUUGAGUAUUGUUCACAACUUAUGCUUCGAGUGAAGGAGCAACCAAAGAAUCCUGAAAGAUAUGGAUUACGAAAGACACUCCAAGACACUCAGUUUGGUGCCGCUCACAAAUUAGCGCAUGACAAUGACAGAGAAAUCCAUGUAGAACAAACUAUGUACUCAUGCGGUUCACUUGCACCCAAACUGAAAGGUGGUCAUUCAUGUGAUCGUCGCAAUCGUCGUACAAAGGAACCUUGGGAAGAGUCAGAUGGAGGACUUCGCUUAUGGAGACUUUUGUUUUUGAAAAGACCGAAAGAAGCGUGUGCACUCAUUCCGUUAUCGGUGGAGAUCUUUGAACACCUGGAAUUUGCAAAGGCUUCGUAUUUAUUGGAUACAUUUUGGUCAGUAAUGGGAGAUAUUUUAGGGUAUUUGGAUAAGGAAUCUGUUAAGCCCUAUUUAUCGAUAUUAAUGGAACAAGUCCAAAUUGCUAAAAGAAGUGAAUAUCCUGCUUUAGAGAAGAAUGCACAAAUAGCAUUUAGAAAGCUAGAACGACUUUUGCAGUCGUAGUGCAUACAUUUGCUACUCGAAGAAUCGCCUCUUUG